UAGGUAAAAUUUUGAUCGAGCAGAUAAUCGUGUUUCGAAGAAUUUGUUUCACUUAAGCUGUGGUUGUAAACUGAAAUAGUUCCAAAAUGAAACUCAGUGAUUUGGCUUUCUUUAAAAGUAGGACUUUUUUGCUAAACGAGUGGGAGACAUUAGUGUGAAAAUUAUCAUUUAAAUAUCAAAAGUUGAACUUCAUUUUCGGGCAUUCGGUUCCUCUAAUGGACUUGCUUUCUGGCUAAGGCAAUUAUAGGACCUUUAGAGAGAGCAAAUUGAGCAGAACCUUCAAGUACAAUAUCAGCCAACUUGAAAGCUGUUUGUCUGGCUGCCAUCUGCUCAAAAACUCCAAUGAAACUCUGGUUUAAAUUGGCAGCAGUUACUUGUCUCUUUCUGCUGCUAGCAGUUUUUCUUCAGCCCGUCAAUUGUGAUCUUAACACCGACGCAAGGGCUCUACUCGAUUUUGCGGCUGCAGUUCCACAUGUUCGGAAACUCAACUGGGAAUCUACCAACUCAAUCUGCACUUCUUGGAUUGGCAUAACUUGCACAAAGGAUAGAACUAGAGUCAAUGGGAUCCAUCUCCCUGCUUUUGGGCUCUACGGCCCUAUCCCGGCUGAUACAAUAGGGAAACUAGAUGCUCUUAGAGUCCUGAGUCUACGAUCCAACCGUCUGAACGGAGAACUUCCAUCUGACAUACUUUCUAUUCCGUCCCUUCAGUCCGUCUUCCUUCAAAACAAUAACUUCUCAGGUGCUACUCCUGUUUCACUCUCACCUCGACUCAGUAUAAUUGAUUUGUCCUUCAACUCUUUCACUGGAGAGAUCCCGUCCUCAGUCGAAAGUUUGAAGCGACUAACUGUGUUGAACCUCCAGUUCAAUUCACUUUCGGGAGGUGUCCCAAAUCUUGAUCUCCCAAGGCUAGAGCUUCUGAAUUUGAGCCACAACUUGUUGAAUGGCUCGAUUCCAUUCUCCCUGCAGAAGUUUCCCGUUUCUUCGUUCAUCGGAAACACUCAUUUAUGUGGCCCGCCUUUGCCUUAUUGCUCUGCAUUAUCUCCUUCUCCUACACCAGAAAGCAGUUCUUCUACUGUGAUCUCUCAUUCAAAUUCAAGAAAACUCAGUUUAGGAGCUAUCAUUGCUAUAGCCAUUGGUAGUGCUUCUCUUCUGCUUCUCCUAUUCUUAGCCGUUCUGUUCCGAUGUACGAAGAAGAAAGGUGGUGGUGGAACUACAUUGAUCAUAGCUAAGGCCUCCACCGGUGGAAAGAAUGAGAAUUUGAAGUCUGAGGAUUUUGGAAGUGGAGUACAAGGAGCUGAGAAGAACAAGCUGGUUUUCUUUGAAGGAUGUUCAUUCAGCUUUGAUCUAGAGGACUUGUUAAGGGCAUCGGCUGAGGUUCUUGGCAAGGGGAGCUAUGGUACGGCAUACAAGGCCAUCUUGGAUGAAGCAACAACAGUCGUAGUGAAACGACUGAAGGAAGUUGGGACUGGAAAGAAGGAAUUUGAACAGCAAAUGGAGAUCGUGAACAGAGUUGGUCGACAUCCUAAUGUCGUCCCUCUGCUUGCUUACUAUUUUUCCAAGGAUGAGAAGCUUCUCGUUUACGAAUACAUGCCCGCAAGCAGUCUCUCUGCAGCUUUGCACGGUAACAAGGGCAUUGGACGAACUCCACUGGAUUGGGACACCAGGCUAAACAUUGCACUUGGAGCUGCAAGGGGGCUAGCCCACAUCCACUCAGAGGGUGGUGCUAAACACACUCAUGGAAACAUAAAAUCCUCAAACAUACUCCUAAAUGCAAGUCUUGAUGGUUGUGUUUCCGACUUCGGCUUGAGUCCCAUGAUGAACUACAUACCCAUCAAAUACCGAGUUGCUGGUUACCGAGCUCCAGAAGUGAUUGAAACACGAAAAGUGAGCCAAAAAGCAGAUGUAUACAGUUUUGGUGUCGUCCUACUUGAGAUGCUUACUGGAAAAUCUCCCAUCCAAUACACGGGGUACGAUGAUGUUGUUGAUCUACCGAGGUGGGUCCGCUCCGUUGUUCGGGAGGAGUGGACGGCCGAAGUAUUCGACGUGGAGCUAAUGAAGUACCAGAACAUUGAAGAAGAGAUGGUGCAGAUGCUGCAGAUUGCUCUGGCCUGUGUGGCAAAGGUGCCGGAUAUGAGGCCGAGUAUGGAUGAGGUUGUCCGGAUGAUUGAGGAUAUUCGACAAUCUGAACUUGAGAACAGGCCGUCGUCUGAGGAUAACAGGUCAAAGGAUUCCAGUGUGCAGACACCUUGAUUUAUUCUAAGAAUUUAUGGAUUCUUGGGAUGAAUUGCCAGGUUUUAGGCUUGGCUUCUACUUCCAAUGUGGUUUUAUUUAUCUUUAAGGCCAUGAAAGGAGUGCUAUUAUUUUCCUUGUAUUUAAAGAACAUUCUUCUUCAUGAAAGGGCCCUAUUCAGGCAGAGGUAGUUUUGAGCAGUAGAAUGAUGUUAAUAAGAGCAUCCUUACAACCUUGAAGUCUAAGAUUUAAAGAAGUUAGUUG